CUAUUCAGAGGCAAAUGUCUGAUCAAUUCAGAUAACAGCUCUUAACCAUUCAGACUCUGUAUAAUACUUAACCAUUCAGAGGCAAAUCUCUUAACCAUUCAGACAUCUGAACCAUUAAGAGGCUGAAACAAACAGUCUGAACCAUUAAGUGCUGAAUCAUUCAGACAUCUGAACCAUUAAGAGCUAGUAUAUUGCUUAACUAUUCAGAGGCAAAUGUCUGAUCAAUUCAGAUAACAGCUCUUAACCAUUCAGACUCUGUAUAAUACUUAACCAUUCAGAGGCAAAUCUCUUAACCAUUCAGACAUCUGAACCAUUAAGAGGCUGAAACAAACAGUCUGAACCAUUAAGUGCUGAAUCAUUCAGACAUCUGAACCAUUAAGAGGCUGAAACAAACAGCCCCUAAGUGUGUACUCUAAAUUAUACACCAAAAGACAUGCACUAGCAAAUAAAAGUGCAUUGAUAUUUUGUGCCAGUAUGACAAUGAUAGAAAAUGAAAGUGCACAUCUUUAGGUGAGUAUAAAUUUUGAGGCACUAUGUAGCUUAAUUCCUUUUUUUUCUUUGUAUCAUCAGAUGUGUAGAUAGAGUGAUUGACAGAUAUCCUCGGUCAGUAGAUUACAACAGUGAGAAAUCAUGUGGUUUGAGCUCAUCAUCGGGAUCGUUAUUUUCCAAUUAUUGAGGCGCUUCUUCUCCAGCGGCGACGAUCUCGACGUCGGGACCUACAACGACAACGCCCUUUUCUCAGUUGCGAAACGGCUGGAAAAGAUUUAUGGCGGUAAGGUCUAUGUUGGACUGCGUAUUCCAGACAUCGAUUCCGGGUCUCCCAAGAAUAUUGAUCUGGUUAUCGUCACUCACCGAGAAGCUGUAAUAAUCUCUGUGAAGAAUGUCUCUGGAUUUGUAUCAAUCGAUAAGGAUCAGAAUUGGGUUUGCAUGGGUGUAGAUAAGCACAAGGAAGAGUGCUUUCCAGAUCCUGUGGCAGAAACAAAACAACUUGUUCCCAUCCUGGAAUCUUAUCUUGAGCAAAGGGGACUUGCUUUACCAGAAGGAUAUUUGUCUUGCAAGGUCAUAUGUUCAAACCCCAAUUUUCGAACCAUCCAUGGUGAUUCUUUUCCUCCUGAGGUGUUGACUUAUGACCAGUGGAGACAGCUAAAGCCUGAAAAAGAUAGUGUGGUUUCUAGUUUUAUCAAAGGUGCAUUUAAAAAGGAAAUGAAGGAACCAAUACAAGAGAAUCUAAAUUCCAUUCUCAGCACAGCUCCAAUGUGGGAUAGAUUGGAGCUUAAAAGUAACAAACGUUUACUAGGAGACUUUGUGGAAUUCAAGGGAGAUAAGGAUGAUAUUUUUGAAUUGAGAAAUAUCAAGAGAUCAAAAGUUAGCCGGGUGACGAUUCAAAAGACAAGCAUGUUCGGUUUAGCUCAUUCAAAACUUCAAGUUCUUUACUGGCCUCGAGAUUAUCAGGGGGAAGGGGCCUCGGGUUUUGAGUGGAAUGAAGUCUGUGUUCGAUCUAGCACAGAGGUUGUCUUUCAGCCGCGAGGUUCCACUAAGGUACGUAAAUACAAGUUGUCCUCUGUGAUUUCCAUGUCACUGAGUGCAUGAAGGUCUUUAGUUACUUGAUGCAAAUGCGGGGCAAGCUUGACGAUUUGUUCGCUUCAGGUCGGGUUCGAGUCAUUUCAAGUUCAGGUUGUAAAUUUGUAUUUAUUAGCAGAUCAUAUUAUUAGAAGACUGUGUUGUAUUUAUUAUAGAUUGAUCUGGUUUCCACAUUUAUAGGACAUUUGUUAUAUCUUCUUCGCAUCAUCCCUAUAUUUAUAGGGCUGCUGCAAAUAUACCAUACCUUAAACCACUAUGAUGGUAUGGGAGCAGCCCUUUAAGUAUACACAAAGGAGAUAUAACAAACCUCCUACUGAGCAUAAUUGUGGAAAUUAAAUAAUCUAUUAUAAGUACAAUAAAUACAAUAUAAUCAUCUCAUAAUAUGAUCGGCUAACAGUAUUGAGCUCUUUUACUUGUUCAUGUGUAAAGUGUUAAGAGUUUCGAUCAACCCAGCUGGAUGGAAUGGUUAUUGUUUAAAUAUCAGAAUGUGUAUUAGCACUUGGAUAUCACGUCAUGAAUCCAAUAAUAAAUCAUUAGAUGCUCU